AUGGGGAGUUAUCAUACUCAAACUGCCGUCGUGGGUAACGACGAUGGUGGUGUCAAACUCUCCCACUCGGCGCCCAUCCCAGUGGCAAGGGAUGAUAUCGUCAUUGUGCGGAAUAUGGUUGUGUCUGUGAACCCCGUCGAUGCCAAAAUGCAAGGGCCCUACGUAACCCCAGGAGCGAUUGGAGGGUGUGACUUCGCCGGCAUUGUCGAGGAGGUUGGACCGGACGCAGUCAAGUACAACAUCAAGGUUGGUGACCGCGUCUGUGCCGCCAUCAUGGGAAUGAACCCUCUUGAGCCGAUGCAUGGGGCUUUCGCGGAGCACGUCGGCGCACAUGCUUUUGCCCUGGUGAAGAUUCCGGAUGCUGUGAGCUUUGAGAGCGCUGCUGCCUUGUGCACCUCCUUCAUGACAAGCGGACUAGCGCUGUUCAAAAGCCUUCAAUUGCCAUUCGACCCCUUAUCGCCUACCAAAAAGCCCAUCUUUGUAUUGGUCUACGGCGGCGGAACUGCCUCGGGAACUGCCGCCAUUCAGUUGCUCCGCCUGGCGGGAUAUAAGCCCAUCGUGACCUGUUCGCCGCGCAGCUACGAGAUGGCCAAGUCCUACGGCGCCGAAGCUACUUUUGACUAUCACGACCCCGACUGUGCCGCACAGAUCCGCACACAUACCAAGAACGGGCUGCGGUACGCACUCUAUUGCAUCACGACGAUACAGAGUAUGAGCAUAUGCUACGCCGCACUUGGGCGGGUUGGAGGAAGGUAUACGGCUCUUGACCCGUAUCCUGAGACCGUGGCUGCGACACGGAAGGUUGUCAAGGCCGAGUGGGUCAUUGGGCCAGCCAUGCUGGGUUUAGACAUUGCAUGGCCGGCACCGCAUGGCCGCAAGGCAGAUGCAGACAUGUUUGAAUUUGGCCAGCACUGGAAGGUAACGGUGCAGGAGUUGUUGGACCGGAGUCUCAUUCGCACGCAUCCUCUCAUCGUGCGAUCCGGUGGCCUGGAAAAUGUCAUAGAGAGCAUGCAGGCCAUCAAGAUGAAGAUGGUUUCGGGGGAGAAGCUGGUCUGCAAAAUGUUAAAAUGA